CACCGACGGUGUUGUACUUCCUGUGCCAGGCGGAAGUGCAGCAGGGCUGGUGGAGGUGACCGAAAGGCGAAUUGAAGAAUAAAUAAGUAAAAAACAUCCUGAUUCCAGCUCACAGCGAGCGGGGACAUCGCCAUUGCCAUGGGAGCUCACCUCGUCAGGCGGUACAUCACCGAGCCGGACACCGAGCCGGACCCGAGGAGGAAGUUCGAGUUUGACCCGCAGAUCGGCUUCGGGGAGAGGAAAGAGAGAGAGAUGGUAGCGACCCAGGAGCAGAUGAAUUUGGCCCAGCUGCCUGUGGAGCAGAGAGAUUACUGCGCCCAUCACCUCCUGAAACUCAUGAAGUGUAAGAGGGACAACUGGCCCAACUUCCUGGGCUGCAAGCAUGAGAAACAUGACUGGGACUACUGCCAACACGAGGACUACGUGAUGCGUAUGAAGGAGUAUGAGAGGGAGAGGAGGCUCCAGCUGAGGAAGAAGAGGAUCGAGGCUCAGGCAGAAGCUGCAUGAUCAGUACAUCGACUGUUUGUAUAUACCUGCAAGUGCUCACAUUAAACAAUAUUAUCUGAGCUCGACAACAUUGUGUUCUUUUGUUGUUAAAUAAAACGUAUGUACUACUACUAAAUAGAGAAAUUAAUAUAGGUUUAUUGUUUGGCUAUAAACGUAACAGUUUUAUUAAAAAAAUAUUUUUUUACUCUUCAUCAAAAACAUACCUCUUGUUGAGUCUAAACUUGUAAGCUAGGACUUUUAAACAAAACACAAAGAAGCAGAAAUCUGAUUGAUCUUUUUUUUAAUAAAUUACCUUGGAAGUCAACAACAUUAAAUUCUGUUAUGAGAUUAGAUUUGAAAUUUAUGGGUAUUUAAACUGAAGAAUUAUACUGAAUAUCACCAGGAGCACAUUCAACCCUCAAGUCAGCAGUAACGGGUGAGGCAAACAGAGCAUUCGUGUACUCUGCGGUUUGAGAGGGAAGAGUGCUCCAGGAGAUGAAAAA